AUGCCGCGGCGGGCAGGUGAGUGCAGCCGCCCCCUGCAAUGCCCCUUUGCUCCGGGGUCGGGGGAUCCCCCAGGGCAGGGCAGGGCAGGGCAGGCGGUGGCCGGUCCCUGUGCGGGGCCGCGUCUAGCACCGGGAACAGCAGCCCAAGGUCACGCCGGCUCCGGGGCGGAGAGACCCAGGAACCUGCCCCCGGACACAUGCACCUCGCCCUGCGGCUGCUGGAGAGCGCAGCAAGCGGGGCCGGCCGGACCCCGACCCCAGCACAGCUGCCCCUCCUGCCCCCAGUUUUCCUGCAACUUCCCAGGAAAAAGGGCUACACGUUUCCCUUCCCCCCGCCCCUUCUUCCCUCUACAACUUGCAUUAUCAUGGGCUCAGUCCAGCCAGUUGCUGAGUGUCUUCACAGCCCCUGGGUGCAUCAAGACUGCCCCCUCUUCUGAGCUCUGUGCUGUCCCUCACCCCUUGGGAUUGCAUCUCAGUCCCCAUCUAUAACGCUCCAGGAAUCAUUUAUUGUUUUCAGUGCGGGAGGCUUUCUUCCAUCUCCAGUUCUCCAUCUGGGUCUUGCUUUUAAUCAUAACGGCAUUAAAGCAGCACCGAGCUAUAAAAGGUUGCAAGGUUAAAAGCCAUGGGAUGAUGCUUAGGCAUCCUUUCCCAUACUAAGAUCAAUAUCUUUAUAAUACUAAAACUCAAAAGACUUUUGCUUCUCUUUCCUUCUCAUCCCUUACCUUCUGAGCUGGCUCCUGAGUAUAGUUUCAGGCUAGAGAAAUGAAAAUAGGCAAGUCAGCCUCACCUCUUUUCAGGGUCAGUAUUAUUCUCUCAUUAGCCCUCACCAAUAUGUGCCUCCCUGUGCACUAGUGUAUGGGGAUGUCAUGAGGGUCCCCUGGCACAUGUGCCUAAGACCCGGGGAUCAAAUUUAGGCCUGCUGUAAAGCUGAUGCAGCUCCCCAAAGCCUACUGGCCAGUCUCAAACUUCUGACUUCCUCCCACGAGUGCCACUUACAGGUGCUUUGCUGCAGCCCUCUCAUACAGACUCACCAGUCCUUCCCUUUGCUUUUUGUGACUGGUGGAGCUUCCAGCCUUGAAGCCAGCAGCGCCUAGAGAUGCUCCUGGGAGAGAUCUCCAAAGACCUCCUGACCCGGCCUCUGACAUGGAAGGAGGUGCUGGGUCUGCUCUUCCGCCUGACAAUUUUUGGGGUGGCUACCUACUACAGCAUCAAGUGGGUGUCAGAUGCCUUGGACCCCACUCGAAAACAGAGGAUACACUUGAAGAAAAAGGCUGAGCGGCUGAUGAAGCAGAUCGGAGUGAACGGGGUCAAGCUGACAGAACAUGAGACGAGCAUCGCAGUGCACCUGGUGGACCCCAGAGACAUCAAGAUUACCUGGAAGGACAUUGCCGGACUCGACAACGUGGUCACUGAGCUCCAGAACACAGUGAUCUUGCCUUUCCAGAAGAGGCACCUCUCCAGGCUCUUCCAGCCCCCCAGAGGUAUAGCUUUGCAGGGAGGGUGGGCAAGGGGAACACCAGGCACAGACAGGAACUUGGUUUUAAUCCUACUCAGAACAAUGCCCACUGCCAGCACCCCCAUCCACACCUGGUGGGAACAUGAUCAGCAAAGAUCCAACUGUUCCCUGCACAGAACCCCCUCCCCUGCCCAGCCUCAGAGCAAGACUGAGCCAGCUGGAGAGCAAAUGAUGGAGAUAGUCACUAGCCCCUGAAGCCUUAUGCUCACUCAGGCUGGCAACCUUCCCUGCAGGAUGCCAGCUCAACCAUGGCACGGGCAAGAUUGGCAGCACAGCGCUUGAACUAGCAAUGGGGCCUGAUCACCUGGAGCAAAUGAAGGAAUCUAUUAAACAGAGGCACUGUUUUGGGUCUGGCACAGACACACGGGACCUGAUUUCCUGAGCUCCCCCUUGGGGGUCAUAACCUGGGAGAGAGGAGCUCACUAGGCUGGGAAAAAGCAGCUGCUGAGGGCAUCUCCCACUGCAGGGGUCCUGCUUUAUGGCCCCCCCCGGCUGCAGGAAGACCCUGCUGGCCAAAGCAAUGGCAUGGGCCUCAGGCUGCCAGUUCCUGAACCUGCAGGCAUCCACUUUGGGUGACAAGUGGUAUGGGGAGUCACAGAAGCUUACCGACGCUGUCUUCACGCUGGCGGCCAAGAUCCAGCCCUGCAUCAUCUUCAUUGACGAGAUCGGUGAGUGGAGCAGGGGUGCCAGGGCCCCA